UUUGUAUCAUGCCUGAUGAGACCAAAUCCGCACCUAAAAUCACCAACCACACCAGGGAAGACGACGAUACAUCCGACUUCCCCGAUGGCGGAUGGAGAGCAUGGAGUGUUGCAUUCGGCUCAUGGUGCGGCAUGGUGCCUGCCUUUGGGCUGCUUAAUUCAAUUGGUGUGUUAGAGGCAUGGCUGGCGAAGAAUGAGUUGAAGCAGUACUCUGAAGGAACAGUUGGCUGGAUUUUCAGCAUCUUCACUUUCUUCCUCUAUGCCACUGGCAUUCAGAUUGGUCCUGUCUUUGACGCAUACGGCCUCAAGUAUAUCCUCAUUCCGGGAUGCACUGGACUGGUGCUUGCGUUGAUGCUGUUCAGUCUUUGCCAUGAAUACUACCAAUUCAUCCUUGCCUUCAGUCUACUUGGAGGCACCACGGCAUCGAUGAUUAUCACUCCCAGCAUUGCCUGCAUCACCCACUGGUUCUAUCACCGACGAGGCCUUGCACUCGGCCUAGCAGCAACUGCGGGCGGGUUUGGAGGAAUCAUCUUUCCAAUUAUCAUCCACAACCUCAUCCAUUCAGUUGGAUUUCCCUGGGCUAUACGUAUCAUCGGGUUUAUUGCUGCCGCCUUUGGCAUUGUCUGUUGCCUCCUUCUGAGGACCAGACUUCCCCCAAAAAAGGCCGAUGCUAUAAUGGAUCUCAAGGCAUUGACAGAACCUCGCUUCGCCAUGCUGUCGGUCGCUAUAACCCUCAUUGACCUCGGUCUGCUAAUUCCACUCACAUAUCUCCCUUCGUAUGCUCUCGACCAUGACAUGGACCCAUCCCUGGCAUACCAACUCUCAUCCAUCCUGAACGGUGCUUCCAUUCUUGGCCGUGCCCUCCCUGGCUACUUCGCCGAUAAGUAUGGACGUUUGAACGUGGUACUCAUUACAGCCUUCUUCUGCGCCGUCUUCACCCUUGGCCUCUGGUUGCCUAUUCAAUCCAACACGGCUGGUAUAGUCGCGUAUACCGUACUAUAUGGCUUCUGGAGUGGGUCUGCGAUCAGCCUUCCCCCCGUCUGCAUCGCCCAGUUAUGCGAAACAGAAGAUUAUGGUAAGCGAUACGGGACAACUUAUUCCCUUGUCAGUAUCGGGGCCUUGGUAGCGGUGCCUAUAGCUGGGGCGAUAUUGCAGUCCCAGGAUGGUGACUAUUGGGGAGUGAUUCUCUUUUGUGGAUUGGCGUAUGUGGUUUCCUUUGUGCUGUUUUGCCUAGUGCGGGGAAUGUCGAGUGGAUGGGGGGUUAUGCAUAAGUUUUGAUGCUAUUGAUUGAGUCCUGUACUGUGUGUGGAUAUGUAUAAUCUGAGGCAGUGUUGUGCCUGUUCGUUUUACAUGGAGCGAAUACGUCUCCGAGUGGAGUACUGGGUGACGAUAAUGACGCCGGAAGACUAUUUAGACAUUGAUAAUGUGAUCUAUCGUAUUGUACAAUAGGAACACCUUAUGGCAAAUGAAAAUGGCUGCAGC